UUGUUAGAAAAGUCACAUUAUUUAAAGAGUAAGAAGCUAGCUAAGAACAUUUAAACUUGAAAAUUGUGUAUCCUAUAAUUUCUCCUGAAUAAUUAAGCAGCAUUAUAUUCUUCGAUCACCAGAAAUUUGACACCCACAAAUAAUAUAUCGGUGAAGAUGGAUAAAGGAGAGAAAAACAUAGUGUUCGGAAAAUACGCGGCGGGGCGGCUGUUAGGGUGUGGCGCCUUCGCGAAAGUAUACUCCGCAAAGAACGUCGACAGCGGGCAAAUGGUUGCGAUCAAGGUGUUUAACAAGAAAAGGAUAAUACAAAAUAAUAUGAUGUCAAACAUCAAGGGAGAAAUAACAACCAUGGGCCGUCUUCAACACCCAAACAUCAUCCGUUUAUACGAGGUUUUAGCCUGUAAACGAAAGAUCUAUUUUGUAAUGGAGCUAGCCAAGGGAGGUGAGCUGUACGCUAAGGUGACCAAGGGUCGUUUUAGCGAAGAGCUUAGCCGAAAGUAUUUCCAACAGCUUAUCUCCGCUGUUGGUUACUGUCAUUUUAGAGGUGUCUACCACCGUGAUUUAAAGCCUGGUAAUCUUUUGUUGGAUAAAUAUGGAAAGCUUAAAGUCUCGGAUUUCGGCCUUGCUGCGGUUAAUGAUCAUAUCGAUGGGUCUCUCCAAACAAUAUGUGGGACGUUGACGUUUAUGGCACCGGAGAUGUUAAAGAAGAGACCGUACGGUGGUGCGAUGGUUGACGUGUGGUCUUGUGGGGUUAUAUUAUAUGUUCUUGCAGCUGGGUAUUUACCGUUUAAUGAACCAAACUCGACGUCUAUGUGUAGGAAGAUUUCUCAAGGGGAUUAUCGAUGUCCUAACUGGAUGUCGUCUGAUCUGGUUCGACUCUUGAGUCGACUCCUCGAUACCAACCCCAAAACUCGAAUCACUAUCGAUGAAAUCAUACACGACCCUUGGUUUAACAAUGGUGGUUUAUUUAAGGGUAAAAGUCCAGAGUUCGAGUUUCCAUUUUACCAUGACGACACCGGGAGUAGUAGUGAUGACUUGUAUGGUAACUUCUUCUCUGUAAAACAACCUUGUUCUUCUGUUAAGAAAAAUACUAGUAUUACUUCAUCAAUGAACGCGUUUGAUUUGAUUGCUUUCUCGUCUGGCCUCGGCUUAUCAAGGUUGUUAAAUCAGACGACAUACAACCCUUUCGAAGAUGGUGAGAAAUUCUUUUCGAGUUUGCCUGUGGAUGUGAUCAUUGCCAAGACAGGGGAAGUCGCCGACGAGCUGAAAUUGAAGCUUCGCCGGAGGAAGGAAGAUUGUGUGGUGGACUUGGUAGGACCGAUUGGGAAUUUUAUAGCUAGAGUGGAGAUUAACCAGGUGACUAAACAACUGGUAAUUGUUGAUGUGAAGAUGAAAAGAGGAGAUUUCAUGUCCAACAGUAAUAACAUCUUGAGGGAUAAGUUGAUACCAAAACUUUCUCAGUUAAUUUAUAGCUUUGAAUCACAACCUACUAAUCAAAUGGAUACAAUACAUGAUCACCAACUUACUAUUGCUGCUAUUUAUGUUGACUAAGUAGUAACUAUAAUAUCCUAUUACGUUACCAUAGACCAUUAUGUAUAAUAUUGAAAUAUUCCAUCAUUAUAUUAGAUGGGAUAAAAAAAAGUUCCUAUGUAUAUUUUUGUAUAUUUUCUCUUCAUUUUUAGCUA